GAGGAGGACAGAGAGGAGCGAGGCGGCAGGCGAGGGAGGGAGGGGUGGCUUCCGUCACAACUAGAACACACUUCUCUGUCUUUAGAUUACACAUUAUAGUGAGGCAUACGUCUCCCCAAACUGUCAACACUCGCGUGUUUGUUGGACAUCUGCUGAUGGCGCCGCGGUGGAAAUGCAUCGCUUGAUGGCAGCUGAGGAGUGUUUGCAGCGCUCCCCGAUUACAAGAAGAGGCAUCACGGCGCGACUUGGCUAACGUUACCUCGCUAACAAGAGUGGGCUGACAUGGCUCUCUGACAGGCUGCCAAAGGUCUCUUCAUGGAUCACACAGGACGGGCGGAAGGCAAAGCACACCAUUUGUGAUCAUAUUUGGGCUCUGUGAAGUCUGACCCACAAGCAUAUCAUCAGCCUGACUUAAGCGGAUGUGGCCUUUUCAGUUGUUCAUAGACAUCUGUUGGGCAGCUCAAGGGUCUCCUGCUAUGCACUAUAAACAAAGAGCCAUGAGCUGUGGGAAUGCAAGGAGUAGCAGGCUUCUUUCCUGCAGAACUCUACCUCUGGUAAUAGGGCUUCUGCUAACAAUAGCCCGAGACACUGUGGCUGAACAACAAGAAACAAAGGUGGACAUAUUACCGGUGGAACUAGAGGCAUCUAUGCGGUCUUCUGUUCUCUCUGAGCUACAGGCUGCAGUAUCUUCUGUUGGUGAAGGGCCACCUACAGCUAUUCCAGAUUAUUCUAUAAAGAAUGAGGGGGUGCACACCAAUAUUCCUGACUCCUCAGCAAUUGUGGGCCAGGUAUUUCAGUUGAAACUUUCCCCAGGAAAUACCCAUACAAGCUGCAAUGUCCAUCUCACCGAGCUGGGAAAAAAGUCUUUACCUUCCUGGCUUUAUUGGGAUAAGGAAAGCUGCAGUCUAAAAGGUUUGGCUCUGGAUCGGGAUAAAGGUGCAUAUCGUAUCAUGGUUUCGGAGGAAGGCCUAGCUGAGAACACAAGCAGCCAAGUAUACCCCAGCACAGUAUUUUCUAUUGAAGUAUACCCAGAAGAUCGAGCAGACACUGAGCCAGCACUUUUCACUCUACAGUCUGACAGUAGCUUGCAGCCUUUCACAUGUUUGUCAGAAGAGCCUGUUACUGUUCUAACUGUCAUAUUGGAUGCGGACUUGACAAAGAUGGUUGCUAAACAAAGGGUCAAUUUGCUGAGUGUUAUGAAAAAAUUCUCACAUAUACCAUUAGAACACAUGAGGGUUGUCCCUGUUGUGAAUAAUCGCUUAUUUGAUAUGACUGCAUUCAUGGCUGGGCCAGGAAAUGCAAAGAAAGUAAUUGAGAAUGGGGCCCUUUUGUCUUGGAAAGUUGGAUGUUCCCUAGAUCAUGACAGCAUCCCUGACAUAAGCAGUGUUCAGUCUUCAGCAAAAGAUGGGACAAUGUCAGCCAAGCUUGGUUAUCCUGUGGUUGGUUGGCACAUUGUCAACAAAAAGCCCCAUGUUGUAAAACGGGUCAGACGGCACUUGAACAAUACUCCCACUCCAGUACCAUCCCUGCUUCCUCCAACUGUAAGCCAAGAACCUCUUUCACGACCUGUCCCAACCCCAACUUCACCCUUCAUUGCACCAGCGACAGACAUUUCUGCUCCCCCUGUUCGAGGCCCUUUGCCUCUCCCAGUGAAGCCAACCAUGAGAGUCAGAGAUCAGAUAGCACAUACUCCAGUCUUUGGACCUCCCCAACCUACCAGAGUAUUAGGAACUACAAGCACCCUCCCUAUUCAACCUGCCACAACAAGGCCAACAAUUGUGGAAGCCACUGCUUUGCCAACAGCCCCUAGCACCACCAAGAAACCCAAACCUUCCUCUACAAAGAAACCCAAAAAGUCUAAAUCCUCAACCCCAGCUCCUCGACAGCCAAAGUCCACUACAGUUAAACCACCUAGAAUCAGAAUAGAAUCGAAUCAGCCUCCAGUGAUUCGCAACUCAAUUGAUCAUGUGAUUGCGUGGGUUGGUACUUAUUUUGAGGUUAAAAUUGCUGCUGAUACAUAUUAUGACACAGAAGAUGGGACAACUGACAAGCUGAGUUUGACUUUGCUCAAGGCCUCCAAAGAAUCAGUGAGUGAAACGUCAUGGAUUCAGUUCAACAGCACCAUCCAGCUUUUGUAUGGCCUUCCAGACACUGAGGGUAAUCAUGAGUACUUUAUGAAGGCCACUGAUAAAGGUGGCAAAAGCAUCAUGGAUGCGUUUGUGGUUCAAGUCAACCGCUGGUCUAAUAAUGACAAACCUUCAGUCAUGUUUGCUGCUCGAUUUCAUGGUGAUCCUAAAACUUUGAACAGUGAUGUCCAUAAGAAGAUUCUUCUAAUCAAAAAGUUGGCAUAUGCCCUUGGUGAUAGAAACAGUAGUACUGUGACCCUCAGAAACAUCAUAAGUGGCUCCAUUGUUGUUCAAUGGACCAACAACAGUCUUCAGCAAAGCCCUUGUCCAAAGGAUCAGAUAACAGUUCUCAGUAACAGAAUCUCAAAUCCGCAAGGAACGCCUAAACCGGCCUUCAUCAAAGCCAUGGAGCCUGAAUUCAAAACUAUUAACAUCUCUGUUUUUGGCACCAAUGAAUGUCAUAGAUAUACUUUCAUUCCACCUGGAGAGAUUCCAAUGCCAAUACUUCCUACACCUUCACCUUCUCCUGGGACCGGCCGUAGAAGCAGCGAUGAUGUUUACCUUCACACAGUUAUUCCAGCUGUAGUGGUAGCAGCACUGCUACUCAUAGCUGGUAUCAUUGCAAUGGUCUGCUACCGCAAGAAACGCAAAGGAAAGAUGACCACAGAGGAACAGGCAACGUUCAUCAAGAAGGGAGUUCCAAUAAUUUUUGCAGAUGAGUUAGAUGAUUCCAAGUCGCCUCCUUCCUCCAGCAUUCCUCUUAUCCUUCAAGAAGAGAAGCCCCCUCUUCCUCCUCCAGAGUACCCAAACAUGCCAGGCCCCCAUAGCAGCCUACUGAACCAGGACCUAAUGGAGGAUUUCUUAAUCUAUCAGGAUGAUGAUCCAAAUGCUCCACCUUACCAGCCCCCACCACCAUUUACAGUGCCCAUUGAGGGCAAAGGCUCACGCCCCAAGAACAUGACGGCUUACAGGUCACCGCCUCCUUAUGUGCCUCCCUAACGCACAUUGGAGGUUGGAUCAUAGAAAGCAAAGAGAUUUGUAGAAAUGCUUCUCAGAAACUUUUACAAGAGUAAGUACAGUUGUGUUCUAUGAAACAGCUUUGACUUUUUAGAAGAGCAGACAACAAUAUAUAUCUGACCAUCACAGAAUAGACACUGUAACAUAAGAUUUUACUUCUUUCAUGGGACAGAUGGAUGGAAAACAUUUUUAAUUCCAGCACUCUUUUUUUUUUCUUCUGUUCUUUGGAUCUGCUUUUGACUUAUUGCAUUUUGUUUUGCUUUUAUUAUUUUUGUCUGUUUUUGCCAAGAGGAGACAAUUUUAUCUUCAAUGAUGUACUAUUUCUAUUGUAUAGAAAAUAAUAAAGACGCAGGAAAGACUGAAGUCCACAGGGUCUUUGUGCAGAUGUCACCAUGACAACAGACUUGAGGCUCUCCCUCACAGCGUUAAUCUUUAUGAGUUCUAAAUCAUUCUUAUCUACCCUUCAGCCAGGUUUACUAAGAUUUUGCACUUGUUAUUUCUAGAGGGAAGGAAAUGCAAAAUGGCAAGCUAAGAGCAUGAAACUUUUAUUUACACAGUUUAUAAGGCAUACAUUUCUGUUUUUACUUUGCUUCCUCUUGACAAUAACUUGCAAACCUUGCACUUAUGCAAACUCUUGUUAAACCUUGCACUCUGUCUUGCGCAAAUGUGAAAGCAUUUAGUUAUAAGUUAGUAAAGAAAGGAAAAAGUAUAUUUGAUAUAGGUGAAGUUUGACGACGAUUCCUCUGGUACUUGAUCACAAAGGACAUAACUUUGAUCACACCUGUUUUAGAUGUAGCUUCAUUACGUUUUGUUAAAAUGUGCCACUGAAGCUGUCUGUGAGACGAAUGGUUUUGCUGUUGCCAAGGUGAUGUCUCUUGUCACAUGGUAAACCUAAUGGGGUUUCUGCAACAAUAACAAUGGGGCUAUUGGAAUGCUGUGUUUCACAGCAGGUAGGGAAUCUAUUAAUGAGUUGGUACCACUGUCUUGUGUAAUGUUGGUUUUACUGGUGUAAGGAGUGGGAGGGUGGGUAUAGAGUACUGUAUUAUCAUUGCUCUGCCUCUAGGUGUUGCACUGCAAGAUUUAGUAUACUGCUUAAACCUUGUCAGUUCAGAAAAAGCAUGAGGUUUAAGAGGAUGUACAUACUUGUGUGCCUGUGGAAGAAAACGGCUGCGAAAUAUCAAGUGUUUUAUCAGUAAACUUAGUUGGGGAGUGGGCCUAUGAGUGGGAAAUUCUUUUAUUUUUCAAUUGUAUGUCUAGAUUUAUGAUUCCAAUCAUAAAAAAAAAAAAAAAAAAAAAAAAAAUGUGAGGGUAAAAAAGAUGGUUGACUUGCCCGUCACAGAAGAGUCAUCCAUUAUUUCCAUGUGAUGGGAAAACAAAGAAACCACAACAAUAUGUGAAUUAUGUACAUUUCAUAUCUGAUAUCACCAUAAGAAAAAAUGGUUAAAUCUAAUGUUUUUACUGAGUUUUUGAUACAGUCUUAAAAAUUGUUUUAUGAAAAUGUAUUAAUAAAAUGUAAAACUAUUUGUAAAGCCUCAA